CCGUUGACUCAUUUCCGUUACUUGGUGCUGGGUCCUGUGCUCCGUCGGGGACGGUGAAGGGCUCCAGGAUCCCAGCGUCAUGUUCAGCCUUCUCGAGUUUAUUUACCUUUUGAUCAACAUCCGUUGAGCAUCAGUCUGCGCAAGACGUGUUCUAGGGGCUGGAGACGGUGACCUCUACGUUCUACUUGUGCUUAGGAAAGUUCUGUAGGGUCCCAAGAUGGCUGGGCGUAAACUUGCUCUAAAAGCUAUUGAUUGGAUGGCUUUUGGGGAGAUAAUACCCCGAAAUCAAAAAGCUAUUGCUGGCUCCCUGAAGUCCUGGAAUGAGACCCUCAACUCCAGGUUGGCUGCUGUGUCUGAGAAACCACCAGAGAUCGACUGGGCUUACUACAAGGCCAAUGUGGCGAAGGCAGGCUUGGUGGAUGAUUUUGAAAAGAAGUUUAAGGCCCUGACGAUUCCUGUGCCAGAGGAUAAAUACACUGCCUUGGUGGAUGCUGAGGAGAAGGAGGAUAGCCUCUCCCUUCUGUUAAAGGUGAAGAAUUGUGCUGAGUUCCUGUCUGAGUCAAAGGUCAGGAUCCAGGACUAUGAGAAGCAGCUUGAGAAAAUGAAGAACAUGAUUCCUUUUGAUCAGAUGACCAUUGAAGACUUGAAUGAAGUCUUCCCAGAAACCAAAUUAGACAAGAAUAAGUACCCCUAUUGGCCUCACCAGCCAAUUGAGAACCUGUAAAAUGAGUCCAGGAGGAAGGUCCGACGUGUAGGCUACAAACGCUGGACAUUAAAAAUAAAGAUGACUACACAGUU